AUGGAAGGGGGCCAUCGAUCCCUCCUCACAGCCCCCCUGCUCGCCGAAGCGGAGCUCCGAUCUGGGAGUGAUGCGGAUGCCGCGGCCGACGUUAUCCUGGAUAUCAGAGAUGCUGGCAGCCUCCGCGGCAACGAGCUGAUGCAGGGAUACUCCUCAGAGAGUGUCGAGGGCGACGUCGAGGUGGUCGUAACGGCGGGAGGAGAGGACAGCAAUCCGUUCGACCUUCUCGGCGCCGUCCCGUUCCGGUAUAUUCGGCAGCCGUGCUCCCUCGAUCCGUUCCGCAACCAUACGCCUACUGUGGAGGGGGUUUACGAGUUUUCUAAGAUAGUGCUUUGCCUGCCACUCGCCCUUGCUCGCCUCGUCCUCUUCGGGCUCUCCCUCGUGGUGGGGUUCUUGGCCACCAAACUGGCGUUGCAGGGCUGGAAGGACAAGCAGAGCCCCAUGCCGAGGUGGAGAUGCCGUAUCAUGUGGAUCACCCGGCUCUGCGCCCGUUUGAUCCUCUUCUCCUUUGGGUAAGGGGAAGAAAUUCUGACUCAUUGAUCUUUGUUCUCGUUGUGAUCAUGUCUCAUGGAUUUAGUCCUCUCUUAUGAACUAAAAUACCAAAUUUCUCUCUUGCUUCUUCUUUGGGCUAAAUAUAAACACGAAACCAAAAAUUUGACGGACAUCUUGCUGUUUCUUUCUUGUUCCGUGUUCUUCCCUUUAGUGACAUCCGAACAUAAAUAUGCCAUCUGUUUUGAGCCUCCAACUUCUGUGACACUCUCUACCAGACAAGCUGUAAGUUUUUACAUGAACAAACAGUGCAUAAAAAUGUUCUAUGACUCGUGGAGGUGCUUGACGACUUGCCUUGGGUUUGAUGGCCUUCCCAUUUCAAUGGACCAGAGUGGUCAGAGAUCUGCAACAUAAGCGUCUUAGUGCUUCAAGUUUGAUGAGAAGGACAGUAUUCAGAGUUAAAUAUCUUAAUUACUUCAUAAUAUGAUGUUUUCUACUAUGUGAUUGUUGAUAUAUACAUGAGUGUUGUGUUACACGUUAGUGGAAGUAAUAACAACUUUUGACUCAUUGCUUGUCAAUGAUCUUAUGGGUACAGACCUGUUUCAUGCUUCAACAUAUACUAGUUUUAAUCGUUUUGAGGCUCAUCUGUAACAAAUUCUAGGUACAGUAGUCGUCAUCUAAUUAAUCAGCUCAGACACCAGACUGUUCAUUGCCACCCAUUCUAUCUCACCCUAAAUGGAACGACUCAACCAGUCGAUCUGUGCCCUGACCCAAGACCCAUGACCGCUUUUUUCCGCCCGUUUAUUUUGGGCUAACAGUGUAGCUUGGAUUCUGAGGUGCUCCUGGCCAAUAAGCAGAAUUCUUAUUCAUACAUAAAAAAUAAAAUUUAAUCGCAUAAUUCAGACUGACAUUACAAUAAUGAUUAGAAUUGGUUAGUUUUCUAAACCUUGGUUGAGAGGAAUAUUCUCUUCUUUGACUGAGCAGCAGAUUUAUGUGGUGGGAUAAUGAAAUUCAUUUGUGAUCAUGUGUGGCUGUUGGCAAAAUUACUGAGCGUUUCUAUGAAGCUGGCCGUUUCUCCUUGUAUUUCAAUGUAUUUCAUAGUCAGAAUAAACCAGCAUUUUAAGCCGAAAUGAAUAAUGACUUUACAUGCGUUAUGCACCUAUUCUAAGUUCAAUAUUUAAAUCGAAUUUAGAUGAAUUGUUACAUUGCCAUCAUCAUCAUCAUCAGUCCCUAUCCCAUCCAUUUGGCAGCAAAUUAGAUCUUUAAGUCAGAAAUUCUCUGAGGUCAACUUUAUCAAUGCCGAAGCCUGGCAAAAGGAUUUGGUAAGCAUGAAGGAAGUACUCCCAGUUAAGAGAUUGGGUGGGGCUUAUGAGACUAUGUGGUGACUUACUAAUGUGGAGCUGGAUGAACACUUCAAUUGGCAUGUGCAUAGAGGAAUAUCAAAAUGUGGGGCCUUACUUUCUGUGCAACACGUGUUAUGAUUCUUUUAACAGAUUGCUCAUUCGUUGAUCUCCCUUUCUGUUUAAUCUGUAGAGAAAUGGGUUUUCUUUCUUCCCUACCUGAAGAAUACCUGUGGUUACCCACACUCUACAUCUUCUUUUAUAUCUUCACUGUUUUUUUUACUCAACACAAUAUAAUUGGUGGUCCUUUAUUACUGCAGUUUUUCUAGCUUUAGCUUCUCUGGUUUGAUGCUCAUUGAUCAUUUUUCUGAAGACAAUAACCUGGUUUAAGCGGGGAAAGGGGAAUUUACAUGUGGGAGAUGCACUAAAAACAUGUUUUCCAAAUCACUUCUCUUUCCUGAAUGAGUUUAUUUCGCUAGUUGUUACAUAUCUACGGAUAUCGCUUUAUUUUUGGGAUAUUUCUAUCUUAAUUAACCCUUUUUCGUUGCCCAGUUGUAAAAGUGAGUUUGAGUGUUUUCCACUAAUACUCGUGAUGGAAAUCCAGUCCUGCCAUUUAUUGGAUGAAUUUGACUGAUUUUUUGAUUGAUUAUCAUGUGCCUGUGUCUUCUUGUCAGAUAUCAUUGGAUUAAACGGCGAGGAAGGCCCGCUUCCAGAGAGAUUGCUCCAAUUGUGGUGUCUAAUCAUAUUUCCUAUAUAGAACCCAUUUUUUUCUUUUUUGAGCUAUUUCCAACUAUUGUGGCCUCUGAGUCACAUGACAGCAUACCUUUUGUUGGAACAAUUAUCAGAGCUAUGCAGGUAUCAAUUAUGAUCUCUCAGGCUGUAAUUAUUUUAUCAUUUCUUGCCAAUAGCUAUACUGAUAUUACGGUUUUGAUCCACAAAGUCUUACAUUGAAUGCGAUAUUUCAUGUUUUAGGUAAUAUAUGUCGAUAGAUUCUCUGCACCAUCGAGAAAAAAUGCUGUUAACGAAAUAAAGGUACUGAUUUCUGGAUUGAUGUUAAUUCUAGUAAUUAAUCCUCUCUGGUAUGUCCAAUUUUUAUCUUGUAGUCGUACCAGAUAAACUUUAAAAUGAAACUUUGUUCACCUACCUACUUCAAUUUACUUUUGCAUCUGCCAAUAGCUUGUGGAGAAUAUGGUCCAUAUAAAGAUUUUACUUGUAUAAGAAUAUCAGGACGCUGUUCUAAUGAUCAUCUAUCAAAUUCUAAGUCUGGAGACUGAGGUUCUGUCCUUUAUUUUUAUAUUAAAUGCUAUGUUUAUUUUUGGCAUCUGGGUUUGUGAUACAUACAGCUACAAUGUUUCCUGCUAAAAAGUGGUAUUGUCAAAAUCAAUGCCCUUUGUGAUAUUCCAUGGUUGUUUAGAGGUUCAGGUUUGUCAAAAAAAAUUAUGCUUCCUUUCAAGCCAGCUACACAUGAGUAAGUUUUUUGCUAGUGAAGCAAUAUCAUUCAUUUUAUAGAAGAUUAAAGAAAUCUUUAGAUUCUAGGGCUAUGUGACUGGAACUUCUUCUCUUAACUUCGUGCACUUUUUUAAAGCUCAGUGUACUCUUUAUAUUAGUCGUAUAAGUGGGGCCAUGUGUUGUUAAUUCAAAAAGCUCAGUGAAAUAUUAAAAACUGUAUCUUAAUCUUGCAACAUUGUGGAGCCAAGGUGUAUAUUAAAGCUCAGUGUUGUUAAUUCAAAAACUGGAUCUACUGAAAAUUUAGUAAAUUGCAACAUUGACCUGCUGCAAUGCUGGAAUUGUUGACCCCCGCAGCCACGCUGAUCAGAAACUAGUAUAAAAAAGGGAUUUUAGUAAAUUAUUGGGUCACAAACGGGAAGGAUAUCUGCCCAUCCUUGCUGAGAUAAAAUAAGAGUGACGGAUAAAAGAUAGCAUAGAAAACAGGACAGGAUAAAGAAAAUAGUUAAUAAAAUAGACAUCUGGUUCAAAGUUGACAACAUCUGUCAAUCAUUUUGUGCAAUCAUAUGUCACAUUAUCAUUUAACAUGAUCAUGUUAGUUGUGAAAAAAAAUUAAGCAACUGAUCUAAGCAAAGGAAGAGCAAGGAAACAAAUCCAAGGUUUAGUUUUCAUCACAUUGUUUCAGUGACGGUUUGAAAUGAACUUUAAUCAACAAGUCGGUCACGCAAAUUAAGUCAGAUUUGUGAUGAUAUUUUUGUUAAUUUUGGAAAUUGUGUUGAUCUAUGAGAAAAAGAGCAUUUUACCUUGAGAAGAAGAGCAUUAAAUUGUGUUUUAGGUCGGAUUAUGUCAAAAUAAGCUUUUAGCUCAGUACGAAGCACAACGGGAUUGGUCAUUUAGUGAAUCCCCUGAGGCAUUAGAAAUAUUUUUGCAAGACUUGGUCUUCCAUUUGCUCAGUUUUUUAUAACAAUUUAUCUUUCAAUUAGAUAAUGCUAAUGCCACCCCUUAUUAGUUUUGUUUGUGACAUUUGGUCCAAAAAGUCUUUUACGAUGUGGUAUGUGCAAGCUCUUUCUAGGUCUUGUUUACAUAAUUUCCGUAUCUUUAUGACAGGUAGCCUGACCUGCUAUGAUUUGCCUUCAUUUCCAUACUCUGGAACAUAGUAUGUGCAUAUUUUUAGAAUUGAAAGGGGUGAAUGUAUUGUCAGGGCCAUGUUUUUGCUUGACUGAAUGUAAUUGUGAGCCUUUUUGUCAUUCUCCGUUUAUUUUGUUAUAAAAAUUUGAAAUCCAUUUAGUUUCUGUCCAUAUAUUCCCUAUUUGAUACAGAAACGUUGUUUUAAGGAUCUAAAUUCAGAGAAAGGCUUCGUCCAAUGGGUUUCCUCGAGUCCUUCUGUUUCCAGAAGGUACUACUACAAAUGGAAGGGCCAUUAUCUCAUUCCAACUUGGUGCAUUCAUCCCGGGGUUUCCAGUGCAACCCGUAAUUGUUCGUUAUCCCUACAUACAUUUUGAUCAGUCAUGGUGAGUCUUUUUGUCUCCUGAAGUUUUAUAUGUUGUUUCAUAUGCUACAUAAAUUCGUGAUUUAGUAACACCAUUUUAAUUCAGGGGAUUUAUUUCUCUGGCAAAGCUUAUGUUCAGAAUGUUUACCCAGUUUCACAAUUUCCUGGAGGUACCGCCUUACUAUUCUUUCAUUUUUUGUUUUUGUUGUAAUACUACUGGAUUAAUACAUGUUAACGAGAAUGUUACCUUUAGAAGGAUGAGCCUUCAUUUAGUUCCUGGUUUUCAUGGUCUUGGGGAGACGUGCAUUAUAUGCUCCAUGCCAUUUGCCUGAUCAUUUAGAUCGUUCCUUUUUGGUAACGAUAUCACUUUGAUUGGGUUUGAUGUCUCUGUAAAGGUCGGUCAAAUUGGUGCGGUAUUGGUUUUCUGAAAACCGUCAAAAUGAAUCUAUCGGUUGUUAGCUUAACUGACUGCGCCGGCUCAGCUCUUACUCAUGUGAUUUUACAGAUAAGAUUUUUUAUGGAAUAGAUUUCCUUUCAAAAACUUCAUUGUUUCUAGUCUUCUGAUAUUGAUACCUAUGGAGGAUUGGAAUAUUGGAAAAUUAAUAAUCUCAUAUGAUUGAAGUAUAUCCAUGGUCAGCUGAUACCGUCUUCUUUGUUUAUAUUAAUUAUAUGCAGAUAUUAUUUUCCAUGUGGUUGAUGACAUUCAUAGAAGAAGGGAUAAAUGUGGCCUUUCAUAUGAUCAUGGAAGAUUCAUGCUCAAAUCAUAAAAUUAUUAUGUUCAUAUUAGAUGCAUGCAUGUCAUGGUGGGUAUUACUCUCCACUUGGUCCGUGUCAUUCAUUUAGGAGAAGGGCUAAUGAUGCCCUUUCUAGCUGUUGUAAACAAAAUGGGGAACACUACACUCAAUGAUUUCUUUUGUCAACUAUCCUUGAGUUGAUAGAAAUUGGAGAUAUGGUAUAAUGUAUUUCUUUCCGUUCUGAUCUAAAUUCUUGAAAAUUUCUUUCCUGUUAGCUCAUUAAUUUUUCUAGAACUGUGGAUUAAAACCAUGAUUCAUUAAAAUAAUAUCACUCAUUGUACGCUCGUCAUAUUAAUUGCAUGCAUUUAAUGGUAGAUAUUACUUUCCAUAUGGACGGUGUCAUUCAUAUAAGAAGAAGGGUUAAUGGUCCCUUUCUAGCUGUAGUAAGCAAAAUGCGAAACAUUACACAAUGAAUUUUUUUGUCAACUUUUAGUAGAUUGAAAUUGGGGCUACGGUAAAACGCAUUUCUUCCACUCUAAUCUAAAUUAUUGAAAACAGCUUGUCUGUUAGCUCAUUAAUUUUAUUAGUACUGUGGAUUAAAACCAUGAUUUAAAUAAAAUCACUCAUUUUAUACUGUUUCUUUCAAUUCAACAUUAUUGAACUUUCAUCAGUUUUUUUUCCUUAUUCAAAAUUAUUCAGAAUUAUACUGUGGAUUAGUCGUUAUAUUUUUUAUGUUUACAAUAACCUGAGAGCAUCAGGAUGCUCUCAGUAGCGUUACUUGUUCAUUUGCAGCUUGUAGGAAAUGAUGUGCUUUUAGUAACUCUGUGCCUGAGCACUUUCAGGUUAUUUUGAUAGUAAAAGAAAAUAUCAACUUUUCUAUCUACUUUGUGCUAUGUGCAUAUGUAUCUUAAUUGACUCUGACAUUAUUCUAAAAAAAGUUUCAACUUUUCUACCUGAUUUUGUCUGUUUGGAUAUGCAUUCUAUGUGAUUGGUCUCUGAAAUCUUCAUUCCACAGGUGGAAUACCUCCCCGUCAUUUUCCCAUCAGAAAAAAAACUUGAAACUGCCUCAGAAUUUGCGGAAAGGGUAAGUAGAAUUCCCAAAAUGCCUAUAGAUCAUUGAUGGUGCAAUGGAGAGUUGAUAAUGUAUUUCUUUCUCACAUGUUUCAUAAAAACUAAUAGAUGAUGCAUUUGUUUCCAUAACAUGCCCAUCAUUAAAGGAAUCGAAUCAAGUGUAAUGUGUUUAUUUCCUCUCCAUCUUUACAGACAAAUAGUUAUUUUGAUAAGAAGCGAUGAAAUACUUAUGAAUAGUUGAUUGUUUAUUAUUUAUUGUGAUUUGAUUUUUUUAUAAUGUAUAUUGUAUUAUAAUUUUAUUAUUAAUUUAUUUUUACGUGUAUGCUUAUUUUUUUAUGUUUUAGAAAUUUGUGUAUAUGCAUACUUUGGUAAUUUUAAAAUGUCUAAUUUUCGUAAAAAUAUUUCUCAUAUAUUCAAAAAAACCUCUGAAGUUAUCCCACUUUUGGCGGUGGGCCAAGAAUAGUACGAGCUAUAAGGUAUAUUGGCUAAGGUUUUAUGAUUACCUUUGACUAGAAAGAUCGUUUUCCCCAUAACUAUUCAAUGUCCUCAUGAAAAUCAUCACGUGGCCCAACCACCCCUCUACUGAAUAAGGAAUAAUUUCAUUUUUGUAACUCUUUUUAAGUGAGGGAACUCUUUCCAUCUUGUGAAUUAUUGUCACGAGAAAAUCAGGGUGGUAAAGAAUGUCAUGAAUAACCCUGUCAGGGUUUGUGCAGGCUAGCCAUAUUAUUGCCACUGCACUUGAUGUUGUGCAGACGUCGCAUUCAUAUGGGGAUGUAAUGCUUCUCACAAAAGCUUCAGAACAUUCGAAAGUGAGCAUUUCCUCUUUCCAUUCUUUGUCACAAUCACAUAUUUUCCUGAUACAGAUUAUUUUAUUUUUAAUUAAUGAAACCACAAGCGUAAUUUAUCAAUGCAUGCAACAAAAACAUGAAUAUUGGGGGUUCUUUUCUGCUUGGAGCUCACAUGCUUAGCAUCGGUUGGUGCUAUUUCUGAACAUGUAGCUAGGUUGCCUUAGCCAAAAGUUGGAUCCCUUGUUUCCUCCCUGUUGUGUAUUACUCAUUCUAUAUUUUGCCUAAGCCUAAGAUUGGACUCUUUGAACUGGAUUUUAUGUUUCGUUUUGUCCUCUUCCAGAAUUCUAAUCGAAACAGAAGUCAAAUUGAACGGAAGAAUAUACAUUGGACUGACCUUUUCCUUCAGCUUGGUAGAUUUAUUCAAGAUUGGAUUGGGCUUAAGUGAUAAGUGUGGCCAACCUGAUUUAACAGACCAUGAUAACAGUGGUUAUCAUAUCGAGUAGAUGAAAGAAGCAAGUUUUUAAUGUUUUGGCUGUAAAUCAUGUUACACACCAUUGUCAUGUUAUGAGUGAAGCUCCUAUUUUGAUAUGGUCAGCAUCUCUUGUUAGGUCCUUUCCUACUCCAUUUGGGCUGCUUACUGGGCCUGAGCAAGAACCACACCCAAACACGUUUUGGAAUUAUUUACCACCAUAAAAGGAAGAAUGAUGUAAGGGAGACUGAGGGCAAGUGGGCCCGUGGCCCACUUACAAGGACCCCUGGGCCCCUACUGUGGGGGCACUUUUGGAAGAAGUCAGCAGGAGAGUGUGUUACUCUCGAGUUCGUCCUCAACAGGGACCAACAACAACAGAACAAUGAUAUCGACAAAGGAAUAUAACCAAGAGAAACAGAACAGAAAGGGGUUUCCGGAGGAAACCUUAGAGCAGGGGGACGAGUUCGAGAGCACCCCUCUCCUACUGACUUCUUCCAAAAGUGCCCCAAAGUGGGGGUCUCACGGGACCUUAUACCCUUUAUAAGUGGGCCACGGGCCAACUUGCCCUCAGUCCUCCCUUACAUCAUUCUUUCUUUUACGGUGGUAACUAAUUCCAAAACGGGUUUGGGUCGUUGGUCCUUGCUCAGGCCCAAUAAGUGACCCAAAUGGAGAACUAGGAAAGAGCCUAACCAUAAACCCCCAUCUGUUCCACCUUGUCCUAAAGUGGAAGGCAGGGUAAUGGAGCUGGAGGGCAGAAACCAGUUCCCAAGUGGCUUCAAAGUCGGGUAGCUGUUGCCACUUGAUGAGGAUCUCUUAUCAAUCCGAACCUUGGCAUCUUUAGACCUAUCUGAUUUGUCAUAAUUUGAAAGUCUAGUCUUGAGCAAUACACCAUUUGCUACAAGGUCUACAUUCUCCUGAUGACAGCUUGGAGUCCCAGGAGACUCCCCUUCAUUGUGAAUCGUCUCUCAGAAGCUUUCAAUAGCGAGAGAUGCAAAAGCCCUGUCAGUUGCUAGCACAAGCUCUUUAGGCCACACUGCCUUUUCAUCAUCCCUUUGGGAUUCCAUUAUCAAGGUGAUCGAAUUCUCCAAGGCCGUCUGGACGCUCGUUCCCGUGCAGCCCACAGCAAUAGAAAUUGAUGAACCUCCAACACGACGUGGAGAAAAUUCAGAAACUUGUUGACCCUUACUCUCGCAUCUUUGAUAGUCUUGAGAUGUUUCUGGCUCCAAAACAUGAAGGUAUGAGCUAGAUACGACAAUGAAACAAGGUUGUCACUCAUCCAUACUGUUGUCAAUUCCUAUCCAACCAUCAAUUCUCUCAUUUUUUGAAAGAUGUUGAUUUUAGCCCUGCUGAAAAUCUUUCUCCACUCAAUAAAACGAGCUGCCAGCUCAGCUCUUACACAAAAAAGGCGCACUCCUAGUAUACUCACUUGAAUUGUCCAUUUCACUGGCACAUGGUCAAAUGGUUCCUGAAUCCUGCUUGGUCUUUUGGUGAAUUCAAGUUUGUAACGAGUCCUUUUCCGCAUCAUAAACCCCUGCUCUAGGUGAAUUCUCUUGUUAGCACACCAGUUGAUUGGAUUUUCUGAAAUUUCGUUCAUCAUGUUAAAGGUUCCACAAAGGGGUGAAGGGUGACCAUCCAAAUCACCAUAGUGACGAAGAAAUAAUACUAGAGCUUCUGGAGGAAAUAAUUCUAGCUGCCAGAGGAAAGGAUAAAGAAAGGACAAAAAGGAAAGCCUUUUGGCUGCUAGCGGAAAGGAUAAAUAAUUCUGGCUGCAAUGAGGCUCAAGAUGAUGCUACUACUAAUUUGGUUGCUGUUACUUUUCUGACGAGGAAUACAUAUUCCCCUCUUGAUGACGGUAUUGAUACACAGAUGACAAUCUGUAUGUCCAAGUGAGUCAUAUUCUGCAAUAGACCCAUUUUAGUUGCAUUAAUGGAAUUUAACCCCAACCUGAGUUUGGUGGAUUUGGGAACCAGUAUUGGAGCAGAAAUCAAUGUUUCGAAUCCUGAACUUUACCAGGGAAUGGAAAGCCCUGAAAAUGGUGGAUUUAGUGUUGAUAAGGAUCUCUGGGCCAUGGCAAGAAGAGUGGUAUUUAAUCUUAUCACGGACAUCAGUAGUGUUUCAGUUUAUCUUAACAAUAAGGAUGGCUUGCUGCUGGAGCAGCAUUAACACAGGCCCAAUCCUGUAUGAAGACCAAGUCUACCAACACCAAACGGAAGUCCAACCAGGAGCAGUGUAGAGACUCUCCAAGGCACCACCGGAAUGGAGGUCCUGAUCAAAUGGAAGGGUCUACCUGACUUUGAAGCUACUUGAGAAGCAGCAUCAACCAUCCAUCACCAGUUUCCUGACUUCCAUCUUGUGGACAAGGUGGAACAAAUAGGUGUGGGGGAGGAGGGGGGUUUGUUAGGUCCGUAACUGUUGGGCCCAAUACCAGGCCCAAUGUCCGAGUUACUUAAGCCUGGAGAGGGAAGGUUAAAAUGUAGAUGGGUCAAAGGAAGCUGGGCCAAGGGGCCAUGAAGGAGAAUGGGUAUAAGGACCCUUAAGGAUCCUCACUAUGGGGCACUUUUGGAAGAAGUCAGUGGGAAAGUGGGGCGCUCUCAAACUCAUCCCCAACUGUUUUAGAGUUUCCUCCGGUAACCCUUGUUCUGUUCUUUCCUAUUUUCUGUCUCGGUGGAGUUAUUUUCGCCUGUUCCUUUCAGUUAGUUUCCCUGGUUGCUACCCUUGCUUCUACCCUUGUUUUGGUCCCUGUUUUAGGACCCUAAGAUCUCUCUUUCAUCUUGCCGAGCUAGUCAACAUUAUUUUUAUUGAAAAGAUGGAGCAGUUGAUGGAUCGGAGGCAGUGAAGGUUAGGGGAAUGUAGUGACUUUCCUCCUGUGAAAAGUGCUCUUUGUAAGGAACAUAAAUUAUUGGAGCUCCACUGAGGGGUUCCUGGGGUAUUGUGGAACUUAGGCUCAGUUUAAACCAUAAGUGGGAUACCUUGGUCCCUAGGCAAGGUACAUUAAGCUGAACCCAGACUGGUGGAUGUGGGCUUGAUGAUGAUGUUAGUGAUGGUGAAGUUGGCAAGUUUGUCUCUGAGGGGUUCCAGUCCCAUGUUUUCCAGAAAGUCAUAUGUCUUGCCAAAACUAGUGAGGUGUAAAACUACAAGUUUUCAUUUAUAAAGGUUGGACUUGCAAUACUAUUAUAAACUUUUAUUUGUUAAUAUUAUCAUUCUUGUUGGCAUUUGGGGAACUUUAUGCCAUAGAAAAGUAUUGAUUUUUCUUGAUCAUGCUUUCAAUGCUAUGCCUAAUUCCUAUGGUAAUUCAGUUACAGAUAUUCUUGAUAUAAACACUAAUAUAAGUAAGACCUGUAUCCAAGGCUGCCUAAGAAAAUAUAUAUUUUUGGUCUUGGAAGGCUUGAAAUUAAGCUAACUUGGCCAAUACCUUUAUCCUCAUUAUUUCAUGAGUUCAUCCUUAAAUAAAGUUCACAUUGAAGGAAAUGCCACUCCUAUUGACUUUCCUGUUUACUAAUCUAUUUGUUGUUCUUCAAUUUUCUGUCCAGGAAAAACCCUCUGCUUACAUGGUAGAGAUGGCGUGGGUUGAGAGUGUAAGUCCAACUUUAAGUAAUGCACGCUUGCUUUUGGUAGAAAGUCUAAACUGUCUCGAUUGCCACUACUUGAUGCACUUUCCUAGCUGUGCUGCUUCUUUCAGCUCCCCUGAAUCAAUGUGAUUAAGCAAAUAAUGAAGUUUGUUUCUUCAACCUUCAUGAAAUUAUUUCAUGCACAUAAUUCUCUAAUUAUAUGAAGUUGUAUAUCUGUUUUUGGUGGAUAAGUUUUACCUGUGUUACCGGUUUCACUUUAUGGAAAAUCCCAGCAAAGAUUUUGAGAUGAUAUGUUUAUUGUAAUUUCUAUCAAAAAACUUUCAAUCGCCAAACAGGAUCACCUAUGAACAGUAUGGAUCGAGCUUAAUAGGUCAUUUAACUUAUUUGACCCUGAAAUCAUAACAAGUUGCAAUGAUCCAAUAGUACACAACUUCCGACUGCUAAUCCUUUCGAUGCAUCAAUCUCCAUCCCCAAUUCAAUUGUUAAUUGUUUUUUGGUCUAAACAAUAGAGAUACUAGAACCCACUGAAUGCUGCGUCUCAUGUUGAGGUAUAUGUGGAUUUUUAUUUGAAAUUCUACCUCACUUUUGAAUUUUUUUGGGGUAUUUAUUUUAGAAGGCAAUUUUGUAGAGGAUAGUCCCAGAAGUAUGCAAUCCUUAUGUUCGGAAAGGAAUUACUUUCAGGACCAACGGCCGACGUUCAUGUUUGUUCAUCUGUGUCAUAAAGACCUCAAUCUGCCAUGUGAAAAUUUUGUGCUCUUUCAAGGAACUCAAUGUAAAUAUUCAUAAUUGUUUUUAUAUCUGUGAGCUUGAAUGAGUGGCUUUAUUACUUCAUGCGACUAUAAAACCCCUCAACUACUUUCACAUCAGUUUAUCUACCGACAUAAUUGUUUCAUCAUUUGUCAUCAUUCAUUUCCAAUGAUGUACAGUUCUGAAAAAUCCCAAAAGGAUGUGUCAUUAGCGGCUCUUGGAGGUUUUAAUACGGAAUUCUUAGGACUAUUUUUGAGACUGGAUAUUCUUCUAAUUAUAGAUCGUUUCUAGUAAUGUAUCUGUAAAAUAUGUUAUAUGGUUUUCAAUAUUAGCUUGUAUUAAUGAGCCUCUCUAGUUUAGUUUUCUGGAAAUUAAAGAAAUGUUGCUGCACUUUUGGUUUCAUUAUUCAAUAAAUCUUUUAUAUCUAUUUUAUUUAGUUUUUGAUUAUUCCUGGAAUUUCUGUCGAUCUAAUGUAACCAUCUUUUGUAGUUAGUGAAUGUCACUACAUCAGAAGCUUUGGAAUUCUUGGAUAAGUUCCUUGACAUGAACCCAGAUUCCAAGUAAUAUUCAGUUUUCUAGAAAAUUUGAUUUACUUCCUUCUGCAUAUAUUUUCAUCUUCGAUUUGUUCAAUUAGAUCUAUCUAAUUUAGAUGAAUAUUUACCUUUUUUAUUUAAACUCUUGAUGUGAAUUUAUGUUCGUUAAUGUGAAUUUUUUAUAUUUACUUCAUCUUAUAUUUUUUUUUAUUGAUUUAUAUUUCAUAAUCAAAAUAAAACUUCAAAAUAUCCCUAAUGCUUAGUAAGAUAAGUGAUAAUAUGUUGUGCCAUAAACAACAGAAAAGUUGUUUGUGUACACACUAUAUGGUCGAUGGAUCCCAAAUUCUGAAACCCUGAAUCAAAUAACUUUGGCUCCAAAAGUAGAGAAAUCAUUCAGAUAUGAUCUUUCGACAAUUUUUUGUUCACCUAGAACCUCCAAGGGUCUGAAAAUGCGGUCUUAGGCUUCUACCUUUCUUGUCUAUGCUAAUAUGUACUCCCUCCUUGAUAUGGCUCACUGUUACUCCCUUCAGUUUCUCAUGUUCUCUGUCCCAGCUACUCCUCUUUUAUGAGGUCCUCCAUUCGUUGACGUUAAUUUAGUUAUGGUUAUACUUUCUGCUGCUAGCUGUUAUGCCACACUCCUUUGGGAGAUUUCUUGCUUCAAACAAAAGCAUCAUUUCUACAACCUGCUGCUUUUGCUCCUCGCCAUUAAGCUUUGGUCAGAUUACGGUUACCGUUAUCUUUACAUAAGCACAUGCGACUGUCAACACUUUCUUUUUAUUACUUUUGUGACAGUGACUCACAUUCUUGGAACCUGAAGGAUCUGCAUUAAGUUUAGCCACAUGCGCUUGCAUCCUAUGGCAAUAUUAGUGUUUCUCUUCUGUAACGGUGUAUCUUUGAUCAAAGAACUUUUAUCAUUUCGUUAUUCGAUCAGUCAAGCAUGAGAUAGGAUUCCUUGUUAUGAAGCUCACAGCUCUGUCUCCAUCUUUCAAACAGUUGUGCCACCUAAUCCUUUCUUCUAUCGUGUUUACAGUAUUCCACUUCCAAAAAUACAUAGCUGGAUUCCUCAUCCAUCAAAUCUCUUUGGGACAAUAUUGUUCUCAGGCCGAUUUUCUCAACUAAGUGGGCCGUUCAGACACAAUCCGGUGCUUUUACUUUUUUUUUUUUAUGUUCACUGGGAUUGGGAGGUGGAGUAAAGGUCGAAAUCAGCUGAUUUCGCACACUAUGCAUGUAACUAAUGUUCUAGCCGCAUGUGUUUUCCAAUUUUUUUUUUCUCAUUAAGAAUGCUCAAGUGUUGAUUAAUCUCAGUGAUGAGUUGGCAGCACAUCCAUCUUUACAGUUUUGCAAGAUAGUCACUUCCAGAUGGUCAUGAAUUAGUUUUUCUUUUGAAUUCUGGCUUUUCAUUGAAGUCGACUUGAUUAUGAUUCAAACUGGUGCGAAAUAGUUGCUAUUUGCAUUCUUUAUGUGACAUCUGGGAGAUUUUACUCUAUAAUAACCGAGCUAUUUAUGCUGUGUCACUAUUUCAGUGGUCGGGUCGAUUUUCAUGACUUUCUAACAUCUAUGCACUUGGGUCCUUCUAGUCCACUCUCCGAGAAGGUCAGUGUUCAUUUUUGCAUCCUCCGUUCUUCUUUGCAAUAUCUCUUUCCUUUGAUUUUUCAGGGCUUGCUGAACAUUAAGCUGGAGAAUAGGUUGAAAGAAAAAAAAAAGAAAAAAAGAAAGUUAUGCACCUAUCUAUGUCUGUUUUCUGGUAAUUAUUUGGGCUCCAUCAUGUUUCCAAGUCGGGCAGCCUCAGUUGCAUUUUAAACCCCGGUUUAGGUUUCCUUUUCACCUCAAUCAAAAACUGUGUAGACCCCGCCGAAGAUUCACAUGAUGAGAAGAGGAACUGAUGAGAUUCGCUCUAUGAACUGAGGUAACCGCCAAGUUUGUUCAAAAGUUUCUCAGACUUGAGCUUUCCUGUCAGUUCAAAAGGCUUCUGACAGUAGCAACUCAUAUCGACCAUUUGUAUGGCUUUGGAUGGUGAUUCUCUGGCCGAAUGCUUGCUUAGAUCACUGUAGAUACUGAUAUAGUUGUGGUCAUGGAAGUAUUUUAGGAAAAUGGCACGGCACAGUUGUUUUUAAUCGCUUGGCUUUCCCCUUGACGAGUAACUGUGUGCACUAUCAUAUUCAUGCAGACCUUUUUCAUGUUUAGAUUCUUUCUGCAAUUAUUUUAUCGAAUAGGGUAUUGAUUUAUAAUUUUUCACUGACGUACCAUAGUGAUGUGACGCCGUGCAUUUCAUUAUGAAGGUUUUUCGAUUCGUCGAUGUGGAGAACAAAGGAUUUAUAACCUUUCGACAGGUAGGAAGAGAGAACCAGUAUCUUCAAUAAUCUCAAAUUCUCGUUCCAUUGAAGAACAUAGUUAUUGUGGACUGCAUUUCUCCAAAACGUCAAUUUACUUUGAGGUCUUGAACUAUAUCAACAAUGAUUUUUCCUUAGAAUUUGGAUACUUUAUUGAUCCACUUGUUUCCCCAAUUAAGUGAUUUCCACUUGCUAUUCCGGUGUAAAGUAGAGAAAAUACUGUCCUUAUAAAAGAAGCCUGAUUUCCCAGAGGAGAUGGCCUGCUUACUAUAUUUUAAUUGGGAUGACCCGAACCGAUGCAGUUUUUGCUGGGCUCCGGCAGCAUAUUAAAGCAGGCGUCAUUUCAGCAGACGUGUGGGGAAAUCUUCAGUGAAUGCAGCAGUGGGGAUCUUCUGUCGAGAGAGAAGGUAAUUUCUUCCUUGUCUGUUCUACGUGUGGGGGCAUGAGGUGUUUGAGGCUCUGACCCGUCUGGCCUCUGCAGCUGGGGGAGGUCGUUGGAUCCGCAAUCCCUGGAAUCUCCUCGGAAACUGUAAGCUCUUGAGCACUAAUCUUUACUCAAUGAUGGCCGCUAGGCUUCUUGACUGUCCUCUCCUGGUUGCAGCUUCGUGAGCUCUUCAGGUCAUUUGAUGUCGACAAAGAUGGGGUGGUCUCUAGGAGAGACUUCAUGGAGUUCUUGCAGAAGAACCCACUGAUGAUCGCCGUCUUUCUGGUCAGCAAGAGGCCUCAUGACUCAAUGGACGUUUAUUACUGA